AUGAAGAUUGACAAGUUGCCGCAACCGUUCGUUGCUUCGAAUCAUAGGAGCAAGAAGAAGAAAGGAAAGAACAAGAGGAGAGAGGAGGACGACGAGGAGGACGAGGCGCGAACAAGAGACGAGACGUUUGAUGACGUGGACAAGCGGAUCCAGAUCCCUGUGGUCACCCGCAUGAAGAUGCAGAUGAACCUCAAGAUGAACGCGAGUAGUAGCACGUCCGCGUCUGACGACACGCGGCUCUUGCGCUCGGGCAUUGACAAGUACCGCUCGCUCCAGCAUCUCAACAACACCGUGUCGUCGUCGCCGUCGUCGUCGUCGAGGCGGUCCCAUGGCAGUGUUGAGUGGUCCUUCGAGCGAGGGACGUCACUAAUGGAAAAGAAACAAUACGCCGCGGCAAUCCCUUACUUUACCGAAGCCCUAGACCUCGUCACCGCAACCCUAACCCCCGAUCGAGGCAUCCCUUGCAGUGCGGUGAAACUGUACCACCAACGAGGUCUUUGCUUCUUGGCGUCGCACAAGUACAAGGCGGCGAUCGAAGACCUCUCACGGGUCAUGCACAUGACACCUAAGAGUGCAGAGCUGUAUGCGAAACGAGGGAAAGCGUACAGUGCACUGGGUGAAUACCACGCGGCGCUGCUGGACUAUUCGGAAGCCAUCAAUCUUGCUGCGACUCAAGGGUUACUUCACGACCGCGGCAGUCUCCUCACUUAUGCAAGUGACGGACUUGCUGCCAGCAGCGCCAGUGUAGUGCAACUACGGGGCUUGUACAUGGCCCGAGCCAAAGUGUACAAGGCCAUGAACAACAUUACACACGCUCUAGACGAUCUCAGUCGAGCCGAGAACGUCGCGGGCGGCCAUCGCGACCUCGAGCUCUUUUACGAGCGCGCGCUUUUGUACUUGCUGUGUCAUCAGGGGCCGUUGGCGUUGCAGGACUUUGACCGGUUUCUCGAGCUGCAGAAAGAAGCUGAGGAGGGGCGACAUUUUGACGCCUCGGGCGGCGUCGGCGGUCUCGCCGGCUUUGUCGCGGCGGACGCUGAGCCAAAAGCUCGUGUGUUAUAUGUACUGCUCGAAAGAGCCAAGUUGCAGCAGGUAAUGGCCGUAGAAGCACAUGCUCGGGAACGAAAAGACGCUGAAGUAGCAGCAGUGGAACAGGGACAGGCCAUGCUGUCGCGCUCGAGAACGAGUGGGAAAUCUGUCGUUGCUUAUGCUACGUCUAUUGCUGUUAAACCUGAACCUUAUUGCGGCCUGGAGUCACGACGGCUAGAAAAACGUGCGCUGCGUGAUUUUUCAAGAGCACUAGAGCUCGAUUCGAGGGACGUCGACACAUGGCGAUUGCGUGGCGAGUGUAUGAUGCAUCUUGGACGCUAUGAAGACGCAUUGGCGGAUUUCGAGAAGGCGUUGGAGCUCGAGCCUCACGACUUUCAGGUUCGUAUGGCUCGUGCCACGCUUUUCCGUCAACGUGGAGACUUGAAAAGGGCUGUCGAGGAAGUGACGGCAGUGCUUGAUGUGAAUGGUUUUUUUAUCGAUGGACUGAAUCUGCGAGCACAUUUAUAUGAAGAGCUGGGGGCCACGAAAGAAGCAGAGAUGGACUAUUCGUCGAUUAUUUACGCGCACUUUGACAAGCCGGAGAGCGGGCAUGUCGUGUCGAGCGGGAAAAUUACCAUGGAGCUUGCGUCUGGUGGGACUCUGAAGCUUGGUAAUCACGUUGGAAAGUCGGGAAAGAAUGCAAAAGAGGGAGCAAGCGGGAGGAUCAUGAGUGAAGUGGCGGCGCAAGCCCUGCUAUCUCGUGCGCGAUUACGACUGGCUACCGAGCAGUUUGACGAAGCCGAGGAAGACUAUCAGGCGAUUCUGAAGUCGUUUGCCAACAACAUGGAAGCGCAGUUGGAGCUGCAAGAGACCCGUGAGCGCAAAGUUGCAUUCGAAGAACGGAAACAACGUGAGGCUCUAGUGUGGCUUGAAGAAAAUGCAGAUGAUGUUGGUAGUGCUGGGGGAAAUGGGAACGGCCACACAACGUCUGGCAAAAACAAAAAGAAGAAAAAGAAGAAGAAGAAAAAAGCGAGUAGCAGUAAUGCUGGUGAUGCUGGUACAAAUUGGAAGCCCCCGGCCGGCUAUGUACUGCUCGAGGAUGACGAGGAGCUAUAUCUGCAGCAAGAAAAAGAGUUAGAGCAGGAAGUAGGACACGAAAAGUCGGGACAAAAGCUGUGUUCCAGUCAAUCACUCUCAAGUGACAUGGAGGCAGCAGAGAAAAAGAAGUACUCCGUCCUUGGUGAUGCACCAGGACUCGAACAGGAGAGCAAGAUUGGUCCCGCUGUAACCUCGGUCGACGACGGCACAAGUUGCCGACAAGGUGCAGGAUCAAUGGCAACGACGCUGUCCGAAGAGACAGCGUUGCCCGACACAACUGACGAGGUUCCAUUGCCGGAGUCGGCCGAUCAAAGAUUGCAGAUAAUCGCUGAGCGGGAUGGGGAUAAUAGAAUGGAAGCUGCCCCUACGCUCUCUUCGGUCGUCGUGACAAGCGUCAUGACUCGAGACGAAGCGUGGGACAGCAUGUGGGACGAGGAAGCCGAUGAGCCGUUACAUGCCGGAUCAGUUCGGAUACGUAUUCCAGCACAGGUCGGUGGUGUCGCCGGCGGUCAAGCGCAGAUUGACAUUGAGACUAUGAGCUUUAAAGCGCCGUCGAAGGAAGAAAAAGAGGUGGCUCCAGCAACCGACAGUGAUCUUAAGUCUGACACUGUGGACCCGACCGGUUCUAUAGUUGAUGAUAAAAUUACUAAUGAGGCUUCUGGUAGUAGCGACGACGGAAAGGAUAGCCAGGGUACGGCAAAAGCAGUUCUCGUGGAUGAGAAGUACCUGAGAAAGCGCGAAAAGCAACUGAACAAGUUGCGUAAAAGCCUGCAGUACGCAUCUAACGAGCGCGAUAAGUGUGCUAUCGAUGAUGCGUUAGCACGCGCUGAGCGUAAACAAAUGAGCGGCGCUCUCCAGGAUGAUAUUCAGCGUGCCCGUAAUGUUUUGGCGGACAUAGCAGUAGAAGCUCAGCGGUCAUCUGAAACUUUGCCUUGCCCAACACCUAUUUCGGGUCCAACCUCAGUUGCUGAGUGCGGGCGGAAACAUUUACACGCUGUGAAACCAACGUCAUCUGGGGUAACUGGAAGCUCAGGCGGGUCACCUUCGCUCGUGAUACGACCCAUUGCGUAUGGUCAGGCACUUCAAGCUGCUGAGCAACACCAGCAGCAACUGCGGGCUCAGCAGAAGCUGAUUGAAGAAAAGGAUGCUGAGAUCGCGGGGUUAAAGACUUUGUUGGCACAGAAAGAGCAGGCGGAGAAGGCUAACUCUCCCCAAAAAGAGUCGCGACGUGUAGUGGCCGGUGCUAAUACUGAGGCGACAGCUCUUGCUCACCGAGCAUCUCGCUUGCGAGCUCAGUUUCCUGUGCAGGGCGCAGCAGCACGUCAGGCCGAAGCGCUGAUUGAAUGGAUGGGUCCUAACGAUGCUGCAGACCGCGUUCGGCAACAAGUCCUCUCUUUUGUACAGCACGUCAUAACUGCACAUUUUCCGCUGGCACCUUCGCCGCUGUUCUUCGCUACCGGAUCGUACCCAAUGAAGACAUACCUUCCUGGCUCAGAUUUGGAUGUGUGUUUGCUGGUGCCGCGAGAGCUGGAAUCGUCGUGGUACUAUAUUGUUACACAGGCACUGUGCGUCGCUGGGAGUAGCGGUGGGGUCGGAACUGUGGUGGAUAUUGGCAAUGUGGGAUGUGCCAUGGAUGGGGGCAGUAGUAGCAUGCCAUCUCGAUUCGGCAGCAAUGUCGUUGGGAGCGGCAGCGGUCCAGUACUGUUGACGAACACAGUGCGCAAUGUGGCUUUUGUAAAUGCUGACGUUCGAGUCGUCAAGUGUACAGUUGACAACAUUUCUGUGGACUUUACGGCAAACCGCGUGGGAGCUUUAGGUGCCGUACGGCUACUUGAUGCUAUGGCGGUUCGCGUAGGGCGGCAUCACUUGUUCAAAAAGAGCCUCAUCCUGAUCAAGGCCUGGUGUACGCACGAGUCCAGUCCUUUUUUGCAAGCAGCUUCGUCAGAAAUCUGCGAGCUUGGGUCGCCGGUGGUCUCAAGUCUCACACCGUCAAGCGUGAUGGGAGCGAGCCAGGGUGCGCUCUCUACGUAUGCUGUGAAUACGAUAGUCAUGGCGCUUUUCAACCAGCACGGUGAUACUCUCACGCACCCACUACAGGCGCUGUAUUUGUUUCUGGAUCGACUCGCAGAGUUUCCUUGGCACGAGUCGGCUCUCACGCUGCAUGGCGCGGUUCCCCUUAAUCGUUUGGCAACUACGCCUUUGAAUGGAUUGCUUCGACCCAGGACAAAACAGAGCUCCGUCAUGCUAGACGCUAACGAUGUUGAAGCGCUUCGCGAUGCGCUGGCUAAUCAGUUUGGAGCAUUUGAUGCAGCUUUGAACGGUAGCAAAGGGACUCAGUCAGGAUCGUUCCCUAUUCGUGCAUGCAACAUUGUAGACCCGCUCGAUGAUAAGAAUAACUUGGCACGCAGUGUAUCGGCUGAAGGCUUCCCUGUCGUGAAGCGUGCCUUCCGGCUUGCGCGGGAUCAGCUUGUCGCGAUGCUUACACCUCGAUCAUCGCGAAACGAAGACGAUGCGGAGGAGACGAGUGGCGAUGUCGGCACGACGUUUUUCGCGCGGUGUUGGCGGCUCUACGGUCGAGGUGACGGAUGGCGACCCGACUUGCUGAUCCAUCCAAGGCAGGUCUGGCAUGGCAAGGCUGCAUUCAAGUCGGGCUCGGGGUCAAAGAAAGCUAACGGUCCGUCACGACCACGGGCAUCUUCAGCCUCGCUCGUGGAUAGUGACGAGGACGAAGAACGUCGUUGGGAAUCAUUGUUGCCGUCACUGGACGUUGGCGCUGCAAACGCUCUGCUAGUCCAGCAUCAGCAAUUGCAAGCCGCUGCAGCGACAGCGUAUCACCACGGCUCUAUGAUAGUGCAUCAGCAGCCGUACUAUGGACCUUCUGCAAGUUCAUCUGAGGCGGGGCCAACAGAAUUACCGACUUCAACGACUAUGGCGAAUGGAUCCGCUGGGUCUGUAUCCUCAGGAGCUGCUGAGCUGGCGCUGCAGUACUCCCCACUGCGUCGUCCUUGCGGGAGUCCAGGCAGUAACAGUCAACGUGGCAAGUCCCCACCACCAAAAAGGGACAUUGGGCGCGCAGAACAUGUUCAUGGGAGGUCGAUCGUCGGAGCACAUGUAAGGUAA